AUGGCGACUUCCACCUUCUCUUUUCGUGGUGCACAAACCAUGAACACCAUGUUAGUCAAGCCGAUGCUUAGGAAAUCGAUUCACAAGAAGAGUGCGUCGCACGACAUAGUGAGGGAGACGGCCAAGACGGAGGGUUCCGGCACCGGAGAGGAGGUGAAGACGAUGAGAGGCUUCUACCGGGCCGGAGAGACGUCGUCACCGGCGACUAGUUGGGUGCCACAUGAAGGUACGGGUAUAUACUAUCCAAAAGGGCAUGAGAAGGUGAUGCAAGAUGUGCCUCCUCCUCCAGCUGGCAGCCACGCGGACGAGCUCGUUAAUUGGUUUUCCUAACCAAUUGUCCCA